AUGAUUGAAAUUCUACAGUUUCUAUCAAGAACAUCAUCACAAGGUUGGGUACUUACAUUUUUUUCAUCAAUUAUAUGUAUAUUUGGAACAUUAAUUAUAUAUUUUGAUGAUAUUUAUUAUUUUAUUUUUCCAAAACUGAUUACAUCAAGAUAUAAAUUUAAAUUAAAAGAAAAUUAUUCAUUUCUUAAUGGAUCAUUAGCAUUAAGUUCUGGUUGUUUAAUUAUAACUUCAUUAUAUAGAUUAUUACCUGAAGCUCAUAAAUAUUUAUUAAAACUGCAAGAAAACACCAAGAAAGAUGAAGAAGAAAUAAGUAAAAAAUAUUUACAAUUUUAUUUAAUGAUUAGUUAUUUUGGUGGGAUUUUAAUUUGUUUAUUUUUUAAUUUUGCUUUACAUUUAUUAACUAGUGAAAGUAUUGUUCAUUGUAAUCAUGGAAAUAAUGUUAAAGGUGAAGAUGAAGAAGAAAUAAAUCAUCAUUAUGAUGGACAUCAUCAUUCUCAUAAUAAUAAUAAUAGUCAACAUAAUCAUCAACAUUCUCAUUCUCAUAAUCAAAAAGAUCAUUCUCAUUCUCAUUCUCAUUCGGAAGAUCUUGACUCAAAUAUUAAUUUAAAAGAUGAUACUUCUUCAAAACCUUCAAGAGUAGAUGAUCCAAAUUCAGCAGAUAUUCAAGAAUAUUUUCCACCAUCAGCUCCUCAAGAACAUAAUCAUUCAGUCCAUAUGGAAGUAAGAGAUCAUGAAAAUACACCAUUAAUAAGAAAAACAUUAAAACCAAGAAAAUCAUUAAUUCAAAUGUUUUUAUCACAUCAUGAAAAUGAAGAAACUUCAGGUGAAUGUAAAGGUUAUUCAUCAGCUGAAUUAUGUACUUAUAAAAAUCAUGAACAUUCAAAUAAUUCACAAGAUAAAUUACAUUUUUGUGAAAUUCCUCAAUUAACUAAUAAUGAUUCAAAUGAAGAUGGAUCAACUGAAGUAGAAGAUGAUGAUGAAUCACAACGUCAUAAUCAACAUGACCAACACCACCAUCAAAAUCAUCAACAAAAUGAAGUAUUCCAUUCAAAUCAAUCACAUCAUUCUCAUGAAAUUGAUCAUCAUCAUCAUGUAAACUCACCAUUAUCAAGAUUAUUAUUGAUUGGUAUUCAAACAACAUUAGCAAUAACAUUACAUAAAUUACCAGAAGGAUUUAUAACAUAUAUUACUUCUGAAACAAAUCCUAAAUUAGGUAUAUCUAUAUUUAUAAGUCUUGUAUUACAUAAUUUCACAGAAGGUUUUUCAAUGUGUUUACCAUUAUAUUAUUCAAUGUCACAAACUUCAAAAUUUGCUAAAUUAAAAGCAGUUUUAAUUAGUUCAUUAUUAGGUGGAUUAUCACAACCUGCUGGUGCUUUUUUGGGUUACUUAUUUUUGAAAUUUAAUUCUAAAAAUUACAAUUUACAAAAUUUAAAUUUUAUAUUUGGUUUAACUAUGAGUUUAACUAGUGGAUUUUUAACGGUUAUUUCAUUGUCAAUGUAUGGAAGUGCUGUAUCAUUUGGUGGUGAUAUGAAUUUUGUUAUGAUUUGGUGUAUUAUUGGAAUAAUGGUGAUUGGUUUAUCAACAAUUUUUUCAAGUUAG